AUGGAUAAGAGAUCUCGGAGCUCCUCCAGGGUGUCCCGCAGGAGGAGCAGGGAGCCCCCAGCUCUGCUGAGCAAACGGGAGAAGAGGGAGAGCAGCAAGGGAAAGGGAGAUGUAAAGCAGGAGAAGGCAAAGGAGACCCAGAGCAGCGUGGGGACGGAUGGCAGGGUGCACACAUCCACUGUGGUGGAUGUGGAUGGAGUGAUACCUGAUGAAGAAAUGGAGGCGAUGGCAUUGCUGGACAGUGAGCAGCAAGAGGAAGGUGUAAAGUCUGCGGGUCUGGGUGUCUGCGAAUGGCUUCUGACCAUUUUGUCUUUCCUGUUCAUCGUGAUGACAUUCCCCAUUUCUGUGUGGUUCUGCAUGAAGGUAGUGCGGGAGUACGAGCGAGCCAUCGUUUUCCGGCUUGGGCAUCUCCUUCCUGGCAGAGCCAGAGGGCCUGGCCUUUUCUUCUUCCUUCCCUGUCUGGACACAUAUCACAAGGUGGACCUCCGCCUCAAAACCCUGGAGAUCCCUUUCCACCAGGUGGUGACCAAAGACAUGGUUACUUUGGAGAUAGAUGCUGUGUGCUACUACCGGCUGGAGAACGCCUCUCUCCUCCUCACCACCUUGAGCAGCAUCUCCACGGCCAUCCAGCUGCUGGUGCAGACCACCACGAAGCGCCUCCUUGCCCAUCGAGCCUUCUCCGAACUCCUGCUGGACAGGAAGAGCAUCGGCCAGGAGAUAAAGGUGGCCUUGGAUGCCGUCACAGGCUGCUGGGGGAUCAAGGUGGAAAGAACAGAAAUCAACAACGUGCAGCUGCCUGCUGAGGUCUGUCAGUCGCUGGCUGUGGAAGCAGAGGCUCAGAGACGGGCCAAAGUGCAGGUGAUUGCUGCCGAGGGGGAAAAGGCUGCUUCCGAGUCCUUGCGAAUGGCAGCUGAGAUCCUAUCCAGCGCCCCUGCUGCUGCUCAGCUCCGGUACCUUCAUGCACUGCAUUCUCUUGCUGCAGAGAAACCCACUGCCUUCAUCUUGCCCUUGCCUUUGGAUACGACAAACAUGGUCUCUCCGGGCACCCGCAGUCCCCUAGGAGCAAACAGCCUCCUCCCAGACAACGGAAACCUCCUGGAAAGCCUGAAAGACAAGAAGGACUCGCCCAUGCUGUGA